AUGUUCGUCAAUGCGAAUCUCGCAUUGAAUGGUAGUACUAGUCCAAAUUUAAAUUUGAACGUCCACAAUCAAUUAAUAUUCAAUUUGACCACAAACGUUUCGAUUCAUCCGUUAUUAAUCUGCCAAAAUAGUUCCAUACCUCACUUUUGUCAAGGAGCCAAUGGCGCCAAUGCACUUAGUACUCCAAUUACUCUAGCAGGUGCUAGUAUUUCUAUUACUUUCACUAAUGCUGGUAUUUAUAAGUAUGGGUGCAAAAAUCAUCCGGGAAUGGGCGCUAUGAUUAAUGUCACAUCAACAUCUGGUACUAGAAAUAAAUUAUCUGGAUGGUUUUUACUCAUCACGUUAAUCGCAACUAUUUUCAUCUAA